AUGCAAAAGCAUAAGAUUGAAAAUCAAGCAAGAUUCAAAAACACACACAAAAAAGAAGAAGAAGGUCUUGAAGAAAGAAUAGCUGAAGUCAAGGCCCAAAUGCAAAGUAAAGGUACAUAUGUAGAAGAUAUUCUAGGCCGAAUUUUGGAAAAAUUAGAAAGACUAGAAGAAACAAGAAAGAUGGCAUGGGAGA